ACUCAGCUCACGCUCCGCCCAUAGUGAUCUGGCCCUGGGACAAUUUCUUAACGGCCGAGAAACAUUUAUCACAGAGCGCAGUUCCUGACUUUACAGAGCAGCAGAGAUGAACGAGCAAAGAAUCACCUAUGCAGAGCUGAAGCUGGCAAAGGACUCAAAAAGGCCGCAAGUGAAACCUAAAGGGAGUAAAAGCUCCACUACCGUAACAGAGCAGGGAGUAACCUACGCAGAAUUAAGUCUUCACAAUGCUGCUCGGGAUCCUCAGGAGAAUGGCAAGUCCUGUCACCUCAAAGGCUUAGCAGCACCUCCAGAGAAGUGCAUUGCUGGAACCUUGGGACUCACCUGCCUUGUCUUGAUAGGCAUUAUUGUGGCAGUGUUGGUUAUUUCCUAUACUACUGAAGAGCCAGAGCAGAAUGGUUUCUCCUCAGAGCAGAAUGAUUGCCCAAAUGGAACAAAAAACCAGGAAGAAUACCAUUGUGGCCCUUGUCCACAGGGGUGGUUUUCAUACUCCAACAACUGCUAUUACUUUAGUGCUGAAAAAAAAACCUGGAAGGAGAGUGUGACAGCCUGUCAGUGUAUGAACUCUCAGCUGCUCUACAUAGAAUCUGAGGAAGAAAUGAAAUUUAUGGAAUUCAUACGGGCUUUGUCAUGGAUUGGAGUCUACCGUUCUGGCAGCGAUCAGCCAUGGACACUGGUAAAUGGGUCAGCUUCUGAACUAGAGAUAAGAGAAUCAGCAUCUGCUAACUAUCACUGUGUUACCCUACAAUCUACCUAUUAUGCAGACAAUUGUGGAUUUCCAAAGAUGUAUUAUUGCAAGCAUAAGAUGUAAAUUAAAAAAAAAAAAACAACAACUAAGUUUGGAUUUAUUUGUGUAACUUUCCAAUUCAAGAAAUGUCUUAUUAUUGAGAUUGUUUUUUGUUUUAAUGACAUUUUUUUCAAAAUAAUUAUUUAAAUACAGUAUCUUCAGCCAGAAGUACAGAUAGCAUUACUUUAGUGCCUGUCAUUUUUUGUGGUUUUCAACCUUUUAAAAGAUCAUUGGAGGCCUCCCUGUUGGCAAAGGGGUUAAUUACAGUGCUAUCAAGCUAUGGCCAGCCACUGCAGUAUGAGUUAGAUCCACAGGGAGCAACCCACAUGGCUCAGCAGACCUCUCCUGCCUAGCCUGCUGCUCCCCUCAGCAGUGUACUUCAGUCUGCCUGUUCUGUUCUCCACUCUGUCUCUGGUGAAUCUGGUCACCCCCCACACCUCUAACCUAUACCCAUGUUCUUAUAUGCAUAAAUAAAUAAAUCUUUUUUUUUUUUAAAGAAAUCUCAUUUGCUGUGUGAGUCCAGUUAUAAGUAAUGACAAAAUCACUUUCAUACAGAAACUGUAUUGAGGGUAGAAAGGGACUGAGGGGAGGUGGGAUGAGGAACUGGCCACUGAUCUGUUCUCUGUUUCUUUUUGAAGUGAUGGAACAUUUUCAGUGCCAACAGUAGUGAUGUUUGCAAACUCUGAACAUGGCAAAUGGCUUUGAUUUAUUCACUUUACAUGGCUGAAUUUUAUGCUUUAUUUAUUAUAUGUCAAUAAAUUGUUUAAAAAAUUCUGCAAUGACCUUUGAGAACAUUUAAUCUUUAAAGUAAGUUGGAGUUUACACAUCUUUACCUUAUUUAUUUUUUCAAUCUACAUCAACCUUAUUCCUUCCUUAAAUUUGAUUUUUUUUCUCAUUAUGCUUUGUGUUUUUACAGAAGACAUAGGGAAAUGAUGUUAUGCUUUCGUAAAUACACUUCAUUUAAAAAGGUUUGAACUAUCUGUCAGCAAUAUUUGGUGCUGUAAAAAACAAUACAACUGAAGUUGGCUCAUUGGAUUUAUGUGCAGUAUUUUUCCUGACUUUAUGUAUUAAUUUUAUCAAUCGAAUAUAUGAAUCUAUAAUGAGUAUAUGAAUUAUCAAUUUUGAUGUAGUUAGUUAUUUUAUUGUAAAUAGUCACAUGUUGUUUCUUCUUUCCAAGUGCAAUUACCUUUUUUAAUUGGCUUUUCACGGAUCGGAGUUUUAUAUCCAAUGUUGAGUAGCAGUUACUGUGAUUGAUCUCUAUGUUUUCCCAUUUUGGGGAUAACGAUUUCAAUAUUCAUUCUUAGAUAUGAAGUUUAUGGUAACUUUUUCAUCACCACUAUCCAAUUAAUAUCUUGCCAUCACAUUCUCAUUUUUUAUAAUGGUUUGAUAUUAUGUUUUUAUUCUU